GACUGGUUAUGCUGGUGCCUCGGUUUGGCAACUGGAAACUGAAGGACGCUGGGAGCUGAGAAGUAUGUCGAGCUUCUCUAGGGCUCCGCAGCAAUGGGCCACUUUUGCUCGAAUAUGGUAUCUCUUAGAUGGGAAAAUGCAGCCCCCUGGCAAACUUGCUGCUAUGGCAUCAGUAAAACUUCAAGGAUUGCAUAAACCAGUGUACCAUCAGCUGAGUGACUGUGGAGAUCAUGUUGUCAUAAUAAACACAAGGCACAUUGCAUUUUCUGGAAACAAAUGGGAACAAAAAGUAUACUCCUCACAUACUGGCUACCCUGGUGGAUUUAGACAAGUUACUGCUGCUCAGCUUCACCUAAAGGAUCCAGUGGCAAUUGUGAAAUUAGCUGUUUAUGGCAUGCUGCCCAAAAACCUGCACAGAAGGACGAUGAUGCAAAGGUUGCACCUUUUUCCAGAUGAGGAUAUUCCAGAAGAUAUCCUUAAGAAUUUGGUGGAAGAGCUUCCUCAGCCACGGAGAGUGCCUAGACGUCUAGAUGAGUACACCCAGGAGGAAAUAGAGGCGUUCCCCAGACUGUGGGCUCCACCUGAAGAUUAUCGGCUAUAGAAUGGAAAUGCCAGAAGAACACAGCGAGGGAUUCAAGCCUCUUCCUCAGGGGCUCCUCUGACCCAAGGACAGCUGUUCACUGUUAGACACUGUUCACUGUGGGACACUGUUCACUGCGGACGCUCGGGAAGUGCCAGGCCUCAGCAGGCAGUUGCAAUAGAACAUGCUACUUUAUAAAGGUGUCUUAUUAUUGUGUAGCCUGAUUUGAAUGCUGUAGAUGUUAAUAAAAUUGCUUACUUGGUGGUCUA